AUGCACCAGAAGAAUAACCAACAGACACAGGAGGCCUCAUCGGCCACUGUUCAUGACGACAACGAUGACGAUGAUGACGAUAACCUGGAAGAUCCAUUUGGUGACGGAGAGGCUGAAGAAUUGGACGAUGAUUUGGAUGACAUGUCAACCAACCUGGGCCGUGGAGCGUGGUGGAGAGGCGUUGUUGACAGGAGGAGUGGAGGUGGACUCGAGGAUGACGAUUCUGAUGAUGAUGAAGAGGAGUUUGGAGAUUUCGCCAUGGCAGAAGAAGAGAAGGGUGGGGAUGGACAAGACGGAGAUAACGUGGUGUUGAAGCCUCUCGCCGUGCACCCGCCUAGAGAAAGCAGCAGAGGCCUCAGCGGCCUGUGGCCUUUUGGCUCUCGAGCCGAGAAGGACAAGGACGAGUCAAAGGGCGAUGCUGAUGUACAAGCGGCGGAAGAGAGGGAUGAGGAGCCUGAGAAGAGGGCGGUGGAGGUGAAGGAGGCCCAGCGGAGAACGAGCAUUGAAGACGACGACGAUGACGACGAUGAGGCUGGGGACGGAACACGGAGUUGA